AUGACCAUGGACGACUCAUCACAUCAACAUCACUUUCUCGAAGGCAAAACCAUCAUCAUCGCUGGCGGUGGUGUUUCUGGUUCAGCAUUCGCUGUUGGACUACGCAAAUUAUGGAAUCCCCAGUUCAAAGAGCCCAAGAUCAUCAUCUACGACCGCGACUCGCCCGACGUAAGCGCUCAACGUGAAGGCUACACAUUAUCUCUUACCGGAUACGACCCCUCGGGAGGUCUCAUUGCCCUAAAGAGACUCGGUCUUAUUGACCAAAUUGUAGACAAUGCUGUGUCUGGGCUCAAUGGAGAGGGAGCAUUCAAAAUCUGGGGACCUAAUUGGCAUGAACACGCAAGCUUCCGCCACGAGCCAAUCGAAGAGCUGCCAUCUUCCAGCGUUAGGAUAGCACGCAAGGAUCUUCGGAAGGUCCUCCACGAUAAUCUCCCGCCGGAAGACUCGGUACAGUGGAACUCACGCUGCAUCUCAGCCAGGCAAACGGACCAAGGACGAUUGCGGGUUCAAGUCGCGAGCGGACAACCGGGCAAUGAGACGAUCACCGAGGAAGAGUGUGACCUGCUUAUUGCCGCUGAUGGAGCGAAUAGCAAACUCCGAGGAUACCUUAGACCCGGUGACAACCUUGAAUUUGCCGGUGCAAUUCUCCGAGGUGGUAUUGCUCGAUUUGACGGAACUCCUCCAGCGCCCAUCGACAAAGACUGGGGGUUUAUGCUUUCAGGAACCGGGAUUUCUUGCUUCUUUUCCCCAGUCGACAAGAACAGCGUUGUCUGGGGCGUUGGUAAUCUCGAAAACGACGAAAUCCCUAGACUAGAUCUCAAGAACGACGAAAUGGUGCAAGGAGUUAUAAAUCGCAGUCUCGAUCUUGGGAACAAGUUCCAGGAUCCUUUCAGGGACAUUGUGGAAAGGACUGAUACAAAGACCGUGUUUGCCAUCAACGCAAAGGACAAGAAGGCUUUCACCCAUGACGAUAUUGAAAAGAUGGGCGUUAUUUUUAUUGGCGAUGCUAACCAUGCUGUGACACCCUUUGCUGGGUGUGGAGCGAACCUGGCGUUAUGCGAUGCGUGGGAUCUGGCAGAGGCUUUAUGUAUGAACGGUUCAUUAGGGGAGGGCAUAUCAGUGUAUGAUGGACGGUCUGAACCGCGGGCGAGAGGGAUCCUGGAGCGAGCACGUGAGAAGUUAAAGUCAGGGCAUAAGGGGAGAUUGUAG